CCUGCUUUCUACUGAAGUAGUCAGUCAUGCUUUGCUUACAGGCAUGAACUCGCAAGCAAUACAGCGAAUCAGAAUUAAACCUUUUACUUAUGCAAAAUUAAUUUUUCACAUGAUAUCGUGUGAGGCUGCCACGUUUCAUUUACCCACCGUGUAAUCUUACUGACUUUGCCCAGUUUGUUUAAGAUAUGGCAUCUGAGUGCUGUCUCAGUUUCACCAAAUACUUCCUCUUUCUUUUCAACUUGAUAUUCGUUCUCUUAGGAUCCCUCCUCUUAUCUUUGGGACUAUGGAUACAAAUUUCAGAGAACAGCAUUUUCUUUUCCCCUCCUCCCUACAUUUCCAUCUCUCUCUUCUCCUACUUGCUGAUCACCAGUGGCUCUGUGACCAUGGCAUUAGGCUUCCUAGGAUGUCUAGGUUCUCUGAAGACUGUCAAAUGCCUGCUGGCAAUUUAUUUCAUCCUGCUCACAGUUCUUCUCGCGGCUCAGAUAGUGGGUGGGGUUCUUUUCUACACCCAGAAGACUGAGGUAACUCAAGCAUGCAGAUCUGCAGUCCCACCCAGUUUGGCAUUGGGCUUUUUAUACAGAUCUAGCACAUUACAAUUAAUCCUCUUUGGUGUCAAGUUUUUAAUCAGUUUGAUUGAUUUCUGUUAUUCAAAUGUUAUAUGUCUAAAGCUAAUACUUGAGACAAUUGUACCUCUUUUCUCUCUCUCAAAGGGUUGCAGUGACCAUAUUAAAAAUUGGCUGAAAGAAAAUCUCAUUUUAAUUCAGGUGGUUGUUUUGGCCAUUUCUCUGGUGGAGAUAUGUGGUAUGAUCCUUUCGAUGUGUCUGUAUAAACAGGGUUCUGUGGAUUACAACAUCGUUUUCAACUAAGAUAACCAGGAUCAGUGAGGGGGAAAACGUCAAGUAUUCAUUUUCUCUCAUUCAUAAAUUUGAUGUUUUGUUGAUGUCUUUUUAAAUGAGAUUAUUCGUUUUCUGUACGGUAUUUGAUUGUUUUCUACAGAUAUUUUUUUUAUCCUGUAAGACAGUCAAUUGUUGAUUUUUCUUGUUAUUCAGAUGUGUGUAAUAAAUAUUAUUUUUAGUAAUUGUUUAUGAAAAGUCAAAUUAAUUUGAACCUGUUCUUAUAAUUUUUAAAUGAUAUAAACUUUCAUCUGAUUCUUAGAAUUUGUGCAUGUGACUAUGACUUUUCUCACUUGUUCAGUUUAGCCAUUGGGUAAGAAAGGACUGGAAACAUUAGGGUGUGACAGUGUUAUAUUUCACUAUUGUUGUGCACACAAAGCAAAUGACCUCAAUACUGUGGCAAUGUGUGAGAUACUGUUCUCAUAAUCAUGUCUUUCAUAUCUAAAAUAUUAAAACUCAAAUCGUCCUUAAUUAUAUGCUGUGUUUUAUGUAAGAUGACAACCAGUAUUACAUAUAAGCAAUUUAAAAAAGAUCUUUCAAAUAGCCUAUAUUUAAAUUUAAGUAAAUUAAGUAUCCAAAUACACAGGGUAAUUGUAAUAAAACUGCUGUUGCUAAAAUAAAUAAAACAUUAAAUUAUGUUAUAAAUUUGAUUUUCAUUUAUUGUCAUAACGACUUAAUUUAUGUGUUUAUUUAAGCUGAGGAUCUAAAUGGUACAUAUGACAUUUUAUACCCCAUAGCAAGUUAUUAGGGCAGGGAGGAGGACACUUGUUAUCAGGUGUCACAUAUAUAUAUACAUGCUGUAUUCAUCUCCUUGAUUAAUUCUUGGGGAACACUACAGACUAAGAAGGUAAGAAAGAUAUUUUAUCAGAUAUUACAGUUAUUUUAGUCUUAAUGCAUGAAUACAUAUAUUGAUUUUACAUUUAUUUAUUUAUGUUUUCGUAUUUAAUAACUCAUUAUCAUUCAUUUAUGUCAGUUUAAUAAAGAAAGAAAGAUGGGAUCCCACACAUUGGUUCUGAUCAUGAUUUUAGGUGCCCUCUGUGUUGCACAGGCACUGAGGUGCAACUACUGCAACAAGAUCGACGAAAAACAUCCCGACUGUGAUAAGAUAGAGGAGAGAGAAUGCAGCAGUGGUUUCGAUACCUGCAUUAAGAUCAAAUUGCACGUUCCAGCCUUCGGUGAGGUGCGCAGAUGUGCCAAAGCUAAGGAGUGUGUUGAAGAUGUGCCUCCUCAGGUGGAGAGAAGCUGCUGCACAACAGACCUCUGCAACUGAUCUGCUCUAUCAGCAUAUAUAUUUUACAAUUUGGUCUGUGAUUAUCUGCUACUUAAAAUGCUCAAAACAUAAAGCUAACAUAGUUAUUAAUGGUCUUUAAUAUAAUAUAUAGUAUAUAUAUGUCAUUAGAUAUAUUAUAAAGAAAUAAAUUCUGA